AUGGCAAACAAAACCUCCGUCAAGUCAUUUUUAUAUAAUCUCUUUUUGAUGAUUAGUACGACAUUUGUUCUUUUCGUUGCAAUUUUACCGUCUGUUUCCUCUUCACCUACACCAUCAUCAAUUCCUCAUCAAUCAAUCAAUACUAUGAAUGAGAACUCCGAGGCAUUUAUGUAUGAUUCAUUGGCAUCAGCAUCGUCAUCACCUUCAGCGUCCGUCCAGGAACAAAAGAUUUCUGCACCAUCAUCAUCCGUCUGGUUUGGACAACCACGGACGCAUGCUAAUCAGUUUCUUAUGUCGCGUGUCAAUGAUGUCAUCGUGCCAAAAUGGUUCACACAAUUUAGUCAAGAUGCGGAUGAUGAUGAUGAUGACUAUGGUUCAUCCGAUGUGUCAUUCAACAAACGAUCAUCGUUUUAUAAUGCUGGAGGACACCAAACUUUGAAAAAACGUAAACAACUAAAUAAACCACCUAUGGAAGUGAUGAAUGAGAUUGUCAAUUCGAUUUAUCUUAAGCGUUAG